CAUUAUUUUUUUUCAGAUACCUUGCUUUUUUAUCGUUCCGGCUGCUGUAUUAUCCGAUUCUUGUGUGUUGGUUGGUUUAUCGGAAGCUUUAGUGCAAGAUGUUAGAAGAAAAACUUAUAGCAGAAAUUGAAAAACACAACUGCUUGUGGGACAAAAGACAGCUUAGUUACCGCGAUCGGGUGAAGAAGGAUUUGGCUUGGAGAAAUGUAGCUGCUGCUGUGGGACAUCCUGAGGAAAACUGCCGAAAGCGAUGGAAAUCGUUAAGAGACCGAUAUGGAAUAGAAUCGAAGGUUCAUCAACAACCAAGCGGAAGUGCUGCGUCGUUUAGACGAACUUGCCCUUAUUUCGAAGCUAUGUUGUUUUUGAAAGACACGGUCACGCCCAGACAGACAACAACAAACAUCGUCUCCCAAACGCCAGAAGUUCUCGGACAAGAACCAGAUAUACUGGAUACUUCCUUUGGAUUCCAAAUAGGCGAGAGUGGGAACAUUAUAAUAGAAGAGCAAGAAACCACUGCCCCAACGCCGGCUAAGAGACAAAAGAAAAAAAACGAUGAGAACGCCGCCUUUAACGAUCUAGUCAACGAAAUGUGUCUUCAGAGCAUCCCUUAAAUCAUAAUUAUUUGAACUGCCUCGGUUCGAUGACACCCUACUUAUUGAGGGCAAUGGAACUACUUCGUUUCGCCAUGAGCCAGCGAUGGUGGCAUCCUCUUCGUAGCGAUCAACAAAAUCGCUUGCUACAUAGUUUGCACACGAAAGCUUAAUAAAAUUAUGCAAGACAAUACAAGCUUUCACUAUUUGUUCUGCAUUUUUCGGGGCCAUGCAUAGCGUCGUUCUCAAUAUUCUCCAUUUGGCAGUGAGUAUUCCAAAUGCGUUUUCUAUAACUCUUCUUGCACGAGAGAGUCUUUUAUUGAAAUACUCUUGCUCUUCUGGAAUACCUCUACCCGGAUAUGGUCGCAUUAAAUAACGCCGU